GUAGCCAAUCACAGCGCAGGAUUUGAUUCAUCUUGCCCGCUCACGGAGCAAGCCAUAUAAUAAUAUUUAGUAUCGACCCCUGUCGGCCACGGACAUUUUUCACACUAACUGAGAGUGAGAUAAGUGACAAGAGUUCACAUAGACAACGACAUUUUAAAAUCCCUCACAACACAAAGAAAACCAUUCGAGUUCCCGACCAAAGGCUGUCGAGGUUUUAGCACGAAGAAGAUGCAUGAACGAACUGUUUCGAAACUGUUAUUUAUAGAGACGUGUAUUAAAAUCUGUCUCCACGUUUUCUCUGCGGGCAUUAAAGUUGACGAGUGUCUAAAGUACCACUUUAGAGAAAAAGUAUAUAAAUAGAUUGAUUCCUAGAUCCUAGAUCAACGAAUCACGGAUCAUUAACAGACAUUUUCUUAAGCUCUUAGAAUUUAGUCUACUCGCUAUUUCUCAAACUACACAAAGAUUUAUGAAUUUCUGUAUCUCACGAAGAAAGAAAAGGUUUCGUUGUUUCAAUCUAACGUGACUAAAAAGCGACGCGUGUCUGUUUUCAUGAUCUGAUAUCAGUUGGGAGAAGUAAUUUAUAUAUUACACUUCGUCGAGUAUUAAUUUACAGCUAGACACUCUUGUUUCUAGACACUUGUUGAAAGUGAAUUAAGGCAGGGUACCUCAUUUAUCUUCUGGCUACUAUCUAUUGGGCUCCUAACCUGAAUAUCACCUCAACUACAACAUCAGUCACAAAAAAAAAAAAAAAAAAACUUCAAGAGCUCUGGACUGGAUGAUACAGUUAUACAAACAACGCCACAAAGCAAUGAAUUACCGAAGAAAAAAAAUUUUCGCUGGUCGUCUUGCAGUAAAAUAAAACACGAUCUAUUUAGCUUUCGUGACCGCGAUCGGAAAUUAAAGUUACAAUACUAAAAUUAAAUAGACGUGUUUUUUCACUACGAGACGUUAUUGCGAACUCUUACGUGUGUCUCGACAUGUAGACGGAAACGUAUAAUGUCUCAUUUGUUUCUGUAUUUGCCAAAAUCUCAAGUGCGCAAAACUAGUUAGACCGCUAUCACGCACAUAUUUUCAUGUUUAUUGUGGUCAAAAAUCCAGUGACUUGUGUUUGCAGGAUCAUAACAACAUAUAACAGUUCUAUGAUAAAUAUGAAAUUAAUGUCAGCUUAUAGUUGACCAAAGGGGACGCCGUCAGAGUUUCGCUUGCGGUCGAUCGGAAUCAUCUAUUUUGAAGACACAUUUUGAUUUUACCGAAAUUAAAGGUGACGCGCGUUGACAGACAAUAUGUUUCUAAAAAGAGUAUGAGUUUGCGACCCAACGCUGAAGUGCGCCCCUUUCUGUAGGAUCAGCCAAAAAUCAAGUGUGUUGAUAGCACCUAUCAUUACUGGUUUUUCGACUCAACGCCGGAGCCUUCAUCGUUUCUACAAGUGAUGAAAAACUCAAAGUUACCGACGUAGAAUAGAGGUCUGCUUGGCUUCAAUCCCAUAUUGGCGAAUGUGCGGUGUUAGUUCAGUGGGGCCCUCUUGUAGAGUACAACUAGGAAUCAAUUAACUUUUCCACCUUCAAGCCACGACUGCCAUGCAUAUACAAUUGCCCUGCUUUCUAUAAUUAUACAGUGAGGAAAAAAAGAAAGAAAAAAAAAGAGGCGAGAGAAAAAAAAAGUCGUCGCUCUCUUGCGUUCACAUCUAUCGAUAACAAGCGAGAGCGACGUUUGUUUGUCUGGCUAAAGAACACCAGACUUCAAAUACGGUCGCCUCGCAUUGUUCCUGGCUGCUUUGACCUCUCCUGUGUAUACACCAAAAACUGACCGGGAGCGAUGAAAGGCGGUGAUAUUUUGCACGCUUUGUCACUUCCCGCUCAUCAGGGAAAACCAAAAGAUGAGCUGUUGAUUUGAGAGACCUCUCAGCUGUAUAACGCUUUGAUUUCCAACAAGUGCGCAAUGAUUCCAGGCGAUUUAAUGAAAACUGCAUAACUGUCCCCUGCACACAAAGCGCGCGUUUUUUGUUCACUCCGAAAACAGAUUUCGUUUUUGUUAUUGGUCCAUUACUUCUACGCGUUUACUCUGCGAUCCACCGAAAACUUCGCAAAGGCCCCUAUCAUCAGACUAGUUCGGUCCAAAUCCAUACUUGGUUGUCCCAUCCAAAUAUGCGUCGUAAAUAAGCCCGUGUGGAAAUAAGCGCGCAUGUACGGGCGAACAUAGCGAGCGCGCGCAGUUCAAACGAGAUAAACGCAAGCCAUUCAUAACGUCAGAACGCCAGUUCAACGAAACACAAACACAAAUUAAGUCAAAGAGAAGUUUCGCUUGUUUUUCAAGGAUAUAACUCUGAUAAUUGACAGCUAGUGGACUCAGUUCUGCAUCAUGAGCUGGGCUAGAGAUGAAUGGAAGCUGGAUUUACCUACCACCGCGCUGAGAAAGAUUAGCGAGUUGGAAAACGAUGCGGAAAAUCUCCGCAAAAGCAAACAACAACAGCAGCUUCAACUGGAGAGCGUGGCGUCUACUCUCCAGAAACAGAAGCAGCUGAACGCCGAGGAAAAAGCUUCAAACUCGAAUCUCCGGCGUGAAAUUCAAGAACUGACGCGACAAUGUUCCGAUCUUGAGAGCCAAGAGGAAAAAACUCAAGUGGAUCUCAAAGCUAAAGACAACAAAAUAGGAUUGCUCGAGGAACAAUUGCGAAAAGCGAAAGCCAAGCUGAAGGACGAAGAAGAUAAGAAUUCUGAUUUGCUGAGUCAAAUUGAUCAACAAAAGUUGAUUGCGGAAGCGAAGGAAAAUGAAAUUGGAGAGUUGAGCGAAGAACUGGAAAGAACGAAAGACGCCAAGGCGCAGAUGGUGAAAGACAUGGAAGGUAGGUAAUUCAGUUUUCCUUUAAGCUGGAGCAAGACAUCAAACUGCAAAUUCUCCGUACUAUAAUCAGUGCAUUUCUUAUAUAGCAGCCAGGAGAAAUUAUGCAGAUUGUAGUUGAUAACAUUUCACACAUUUUGUGAUUAAAUCCUUUUUUCUCAUAACCUGCUUGUUUGACUUUUUCGUCGGUACAUGAUACAAGAAUGGAACGCGCUGAGAAAAUUUGCAGCUACACGCAGUAACGCCCGUACCGAAACGAGAACAAGGGAGAGUUGACAAGCCGACCCAAAUUUUCGUUCUAGUUUAUUUGGGCCCGAAUUCCCAUGCGCUCUUGGCGAUUCGCAUGUGUUCCUAUCGCAUUUUACUCUGUUUCAAGAUAGUCGAGAGUUUUCGCCCUUUUGGCUAAGGCUCGCCGGCUAUGAACAGAAUAAACUCUCGUGCACUUUUCGCUUUUAACUCUCAGCUACUUCCAUUACAAUGGACGAAUGACGAUCCAGAGGCUAUGGUUGUCUAAAUUAAAUGGCUUUAAGAAGCGCUAGCAACUAAAAACAAAAGUAAAACUGAAAUGUGAAGGUGAAUUAAUCAACAUGACACGAGCGUGG